AUUUUACAUUGGCAGUAAAUAAUUAGUUUUUUGUGCUAAAGUUGUUAUUUCUCUGCUGAAAUUAAAAAGGCUGAUAUCAAGUGCGAAAAAAUAAUUUGAAUUAAUUAAUAGGUGAACAAAUUUGAAUAUUUGGGAAAUGCAAAUAUCUACUCUGCACAUGUGCAAUUUUAUAGACCAUGUGAACAGCUCUGCAUGGUAAACAAAUCAAGCGCUGAGGUGACAGACUGAUUUAACAGAGACAUGGCUACAGGUACAGGUAGUGGAGACAGAGACAGAGACAGAGACAGCACAUCCCCUCUUAUUGCAGAGCUACUCGGCAUGUACUACGACGUUGACAGUGAUAGAUCAUCAUACAGUGAUGACCAUGGAUGGAUGUACUGUCCCCAUGAUCUACCGACGCAUUCUAGUUAUCAGUACAGUGAUAACUCCUAUAAUCCCUUUGUUUCUGAUGAUGAUGUGCCCCCUCCUCAAACUAUAGCAAGUGUCGAGGAUGAAGAGCCUGGAUAUGACUACAAAUUUGUGUGCAAUGUUCCGGGAGCACUUGUAUGUUUGAUAUGCACGGGAGUAGCCAGAAAUGCUCAGCAAGUAGACUGUUGCGGCAAAAUCUUCUGCAGGGUGUGUCUGCAUAAGCUCAAGCUAUCUCAGAAUAAAGUCUGCCCAAACUGUCGACAGAAGAGGUGGCAGAACUUCCCUGACAAGAAAAGUAAUCGAGACAUUGAGGCUCUAAUUGUGAAGUGUAGCAACGAGGUACAUGGCUGCAAAUGGGAGGGAGAACUUCGGAAGAUAGGGGCCCAUCUCAAUGAAUGCACCAAUGGUGUGCUACUUUGCAAGUACUCGUCCAUCGGUUGCAAUAUAAAGGCUUCAAGUGACGAUAUGAGUGCACACGAGAAAAUCUGUGCUGAGGAGCAUCUGAAAAUGGCUGUCCAGAAGGUGAAUUUGCUAGAACUACAACUGGCUGAAAUGAAAGCACAGCUUGGUACGAAAUGAAUCUCCCUCCAGUAGUGUUCAAGAUGACUAGUUUUGAACUGUACCGUAGUUCUAGAAAUGCUUGGUCGAGCCCUCCCUUCUACACUCAUUCUAAAGGGUACAAGUUGUACAUUAGGAUUACUAUCGUCAGUCGUUCUGGUGGGCACACCGUUUCUGUCAAAGCUUGCCUCUGUCACGGGGAGAAUGAUGACAACUUGGUAUGGCCAUUUGCUGGUAUUGUGUACUUUAGCAUUCUGAAUCAGACGAGUGACAUCAACCAUGUCCCAGGAUGUGCAAAGUUCCAGGAGAGAAGAGAAAGUGACAAAAAUAAAAGAGUCAGCGCAGCUGAAGGAAAGAGCACUGUUGGAUGGGGAGAGCCUUGUCUACUUCACUGUCAUCAAAGUGACUUUGGAAAUUUUGUGCAGAAUGAUCGUCUCUUCUUGAUGGUCAACAAAGUGGAAAUAUCUGCCACCAACAAGCCGUGGUUGAUUUAGACUCUGAACGUACAUUUGCUGAACUGGAUUAUCAAUUAUCACUUACAAUUGUAUAUACGUACACUCGUGUUAUUACUGUUGGAUCAUGAAUA